CUUGUUUGUGGAUGCAUUUCCUUUCAUGUAAGUCAAUAACAUCUUGGGACUGGGACACGCUGUUUUCUGGACACCGCUGGCCAGUUCCAAAAUGGACCAUAAGGAAGUGGUUCUUCUACUGCUUUUAUUUCUGAAAUCAGGUCACGGAGACAUCGUGGAUGACUAUGUAAAAACCCAGGGAGCUUCACUGUUUAGUUUCACUCGGAAGCAGCUAGCAGGAAGAAGCAUAGAAGAAUGUGCAGCAAAAUGUGAGGAGGAGACAGGAUUCGUUUGCAGGGCAUUCCAAUAUCACAGUAAAGAGCAACAAUGUGUGAUACUGGGUGAAAACAGCAAGUCUGGCUUACUCUUGAGGAUGAGAGAUGUCGUUUUAUUUGAGAAGAGAAUUUAUCUUUCAGAGUGCAAGACUGGAAAUGGAAGGAGCUAUAGGGGGACGACGUCCAAAACAAAAAAUGGUGUUGCCUGUCAAAAAUGGAGUGACUCUUCUCCACACGUACCCAAGUAUUCACCUGAUAAAUAUCCUUCCGAGGGACUGGAGGAGAACUACUGUAGGAAUCCGGACAGUGAUGAGAAGGGGCCCUGGUGUUACACCACAGACCCAGACAUCAGAUUCGAUUACUGUGACAUUCCGGAAUGUGAAGAUGAAUGUAUGCAUUGCAGUGGAGAAAAUUAUGAAGGCAAAAUUUCCAAGACCAUUUCUGGACUCCAAUGCCAGUCCUGGGACUCUCAGAGCCCACACGCCCAUGGGUACAUUCCUGCCAAAUUUCCAAACAAGAAUUUGAGGAUGAAUUACUGCCGUAACCCUGACGGGGAGCCCCGCCCAUGGUGUUUCACCACGGAUCCCAACAAACGCUGGGAAUUCUGUGACAUCCCACGCUGUACUACACCCCCGCCAUCUUCUGGUCCAACAUAUCAGUGUCUGAAGGGAAGAGGUGAAAACUAUCGAGGGAAGGUGUCAGUCACCGUAUCCGGGUUUACCUGUCAGCGCUGGAGUGAACAGACCCCUCACAGACACAACAGGACCCCGGAAAACUUUCCCUGCAAAAAUUUGGAUGAGAACUACUGUCGUAACCCUGAUGGAGAAACAGAACCAUGGUGCUAUACAACGAACCGUGAAACAAGGUGGGAAUACUGCAAGAUACCACCCUGUGAGUCCUCUCCAGUCUCCACAGAACCUUUGGAUGUUCCAGUACUACCCGAACAAACUCCUGUGAUCCAAGAUUGCUACCAGGACAAUGGACAGAAUUAUCGAGGCACAUCAUCCACCACUAUCACAGGAAAGAAAUGUCAAUCUUGGUCAUCUAUGACACCACACCGGCAUCAGAAGACCCCAGAAAAAUACCCAAAUGCUGGCUUGACAAUGAACUACUGCAGGAAUCCAGAUGCUGAUAAAAGCCCUUGGUGCUACACCACUGAUCCGAGUGUCAGAUGGGAAUACUGUAACCUGAGAAGAUGCUCAGAAACAGAACAGACUGUUCUCAGACCUCCAACGGAUACCCAAGUUCCAAGAGUCCAGGGGCCUUCUGAAUCAGACUGCAUGUUUGGGAAUGGUAAAGGAUACCGGGGCAAGAAGGCAACCACUGUCGCUGGCAUCCCGUGCCAGGCAUGGGCUGCCCAGGAGCCCCACAAACACAACAUUUUCACUCCACAGACAAAUCCACAGGCAGGUCUGGAGAAAAACUACUGCCGUAAUCCUGAUGGUGAUGACAAUGGUCCCUGGUGCUACACGACGAAUCCAAGGAAACUUUUUGACUACUGUGAUAUCCCUCAGUGUGUGUCCUCUUCAUUUGAUUGUGGAAAGCCCAAGGUGGAGCCAAAGAAAUGUUCUGGAAGGAUUGUAGCUGGAUGUGUGUCCAUUCCACAUUCCUGGCCCUGGCAAAUCAGUCUCAGAACAAGAUUUGGAACGCACUUCUGUGGAGGUACUUUAAUAUCCCCAGAGUGGGUGCUGACUGCUGCCCACUGCUUGGAGAGGUCCCAGAGGCCUGCAGCGUACAAGGUCAUCCUGGGUGCACACAGAGAACAAAAUCUUGAAAUGGAUGUUCAGCAAAUAGAAGUGUCCAAGUUGGUCAUGGAGCCCUCAAGAGCAGAUAUCGCCUUGCUGAAGCUAAGCAGCCCUGCCAUCAUCACCACUAAGGUAAUCCCAGCUUGUCUGCCACCUGCAAAUUAUGUGGUUGCUAACGGGGCAGAAUGUUUCGUCACCGGCUGGGGAGAAACCCAAGGCACCCCUGGCGAUGGCGUCCUCAAGGAAGCGCAGCUGCCUGUGAUUGAGAAUAAAGUGUGCAACCGCUAUGAGUACCUGAGCGGACGGGUCAAAUCAACUGAGCUCUGUGCUGGGCAUCUGGCUGGAGGUGCUGACAGUUGCCAGGGUGACAGUGGAGGGCCUCUGGUCUGCUUUGAGAAGGACAAAUACAUUUUACAAGGAGUCACUUCUUGGGGUCUUGGCUGUGCACGCCCCAAUAAGCCUGGUGUCUAUGUUCGUGUUUCAAAGUUUGUUACUUGGAUUGAAACAGCAAUGAAAAACAAUUAAUUGGAUGGGAGACAGAGUGAAGCAUCAACGUAUCUAGAAGCUGGAACAUGGGUAGGGAAUUUAGCAUGCUCAGAAAUAAUUGACGGUAAUCAAACUAAGACAUUGUACUUAGCUACCAUCUACUGCCAAACCUCAACGUUUUUUAGUAUUACUGUGGAUAAACUUUUCCUGUCCAUGGACUGCUGGAUUCUGUAAUAAUAAGGCAACACAGCUGUGACAUUUGUUGAAAAUAAACUCUGUACUUU